GUGUUGUAGUAAUGAGACUGAGGCAGGGUUGACAGGGGCUGGACUGAUGACAGCAUCCUCCUCCGCUCUGAGGCUCCAACACCUGACCGCCUCCAUCAGAGCCGCACAGAUCAUGGAGCUGCCGGGUUAUCCCGACGCCACCAUUUCACACCAUGCUCCGCAGACGCAUCCGCGUAAAUAUUCAACUUCAGCUGCUUAAUCUGUUCCGUUCCCCCCACCCCCAACUUGAUCAUUCACUGGCCUACAGCUUUCGGAUUUUCAUUUAGUGCGUGACCGAGUCGAGUCGAGGUGCUUCUUGUUUUCCUGAAGAGAAAAAACAACAGCUGACUGAUCCUGCGUCGCUAUUACAACCCAGGAUCAGACAUGGGUGUAAUCGAAUCACCAACGCCGGCCGGAUUAUGGAGCAGAUUUUCCUUUUCCUCGUGAUACAACAGUCAGCUCGAUCCAGGCUUCAGUCAAGCAAACAAAUGAUCCAAUCAAUAACAGCUGGACACAGUCUGACAUAAAGACGAUAUCAAUAACAGUCUAACACUCUAUACACACACACCUACACACACGCCCGUACACCCCCACACACACAGAGACAGAGAGAGACGAUGGCGCUGGAGAACUCCGUCUUCCCUUCCCGUCCCGACUCCCUGGCGCUUCCUGUGGAGGAGAAGACUGAAGGCGAGGAAGAGGAGGCGGCGACAAAGUCGACCGCUCCCACUGGAGUCUUUAACGUAUCCGAGGAGUUGGGCCACGUCGUCACCACGCAGACCAUGCCCUCCCCUCCACCCCCGGCAAAGGUCAAAAGGUCGUUCCAGUCCAAGCUCGCAGAACGGGAGGCCAACGCCAAUCAGCACAGGAAGAAGACCCAAGGGCCUGAAAAAGAGAGGGGGCGAUUCGGCUGGGCCCGGGCUCGGCGUAAGAGGCAGCGCUACGUCGAGAAGAACGGCCGUUGCAAUGUGCAGCACGGCAACAUGCGGGAGACGUACCGCUACCUGACCGACAUCUUCACCACGUUGGUGGACCUCAACUGGCGCUGCUCGCUCUUCGUCUUCGUCAUGGCCUAUGCAGUCACGUGGCUCUUCUUUGGCGCCAUUUGGUACCUCAUAGCCUACUGUAGGGGGGAUCUGGACCAUCUGGAAGACGAGGCGUGGACGCCGUGCGUGAACAAUGUCAAUGGUUUCAUAUCAGCCUUCCUCUUCUCCAUCGAGACAGAGACGACGAUUGGCUACGGGCACAGAGUCAUCACCGAUCAGUGUCCAGUGGGCACCAUGCUGCUGCUGCUGCAGGCCAUACUGGGAUCGAUGGUCAAUGCGUUCAUGGUCGGCUGCAUGUUCGUGAAGAUCUCCCAGCCUAAUAAACGAGCCGAGACGUUGGUGUUCUCCAAGCACGCCGUCAUCUCUCUGAGAGACGACAAGCUCUGCCUGAUGUUCAGGGUGGGCGACCUUCGGAGUUCUCACAUUGUUGGGGCCAACAUGAGGGCCAAACUAAUCAAGUCCAAGCAGACUCAAGAGGGUGAGUUCAUCCCUUUGGACCAAACAGACAUCAGCGUGGGCUUUGAGACGGGCGAUGACCGCCUCUUCCUCGUCUCUCCGCUGGUGAUCUCCCAUGAAAUUGAUGCGCGCUCGCCCUUCUGGGACAUGUCGCAGGCCCAGCUGGAGAAGGAGGAUUUCGAGAUUGUGGUCAUUCUGGAAGGAAUGGUGGAGGCCACCGGGAUGACGUGCCAGGCGCGGAGCUCCUACCUGGCGGAGGAGGUGUUGUGGGGUCACAGGUUCAGCCCCAUGAUGUUGCUGGCAGAGGGCUUCUUUGACAUCGACUACGGAGCCUUUCAUCACACGUUUGAGGUGGGCACGCCCUCCUGCUCGGCACGGGAGCUGGCGUUGGCCGCGGCCAGACUCAACGCUCACCUCUACUGGUCCAUCUCCAGCAGGCUGGACGAAGAGCCCACGCUGGCCGAACAAGCCACCAAGCAGCCGGACGGCGGCUCAGCCCACAGCAAGGUGGGGGAACCCAUCUUCACCGUUGGGGAGAUGACGGACAUCCAGGAGCAAUCGGCUUUGGGCGAGUUGAACGGAAGCGUCACCACCGAUCAAUCAGAAACAGAGGCCUAGAACAGAGAAUGUUUACAAAGAACCUUCAGUAUAUCGCCACAUCAUCAUAGUUGUGUGUUAAAGACUCUUUUAAGGCAGAUGAGUAGUUUCAACACACCCACAGAUCCCACGGUAGAUGCCACAAUCUUGUGUUACCUUAUAAAAAAAUAUUUUUUAAUAUUUGUCUUUUAUUUGUUAUAAGUGUACUCAAUGUGCAUAUCUGAUUUUGUUGUAUUUGCUCUGAUCACCCUUGCCUAUAUCUACUUUAAAAUGACAAUACUAUGCUUCAGGAGGGUUUAACAGCAGUCCAUCCUGUGGACAGAAAGAAUGUUGCACAGACAGUAAUUAGUUCUUUUGUUUUAUUUUUCCUUUUCGCCCGACUGAUGGUUGUUUCACAUGAAAAGUUAAAUAUAUUGAUUAUUACCGUUUAAAAUAGAUACAGUGCAUAGAUGCUUUACUCUAAACUGCAGUUUUAGAAAAUAUAGAAAUACAAACAAACUUUUUUAGAUGCACAUAUUAAGACUUACUAUAAAUCAGUUAGAAAUCUUACACAGUUAAUUACGGUACACAUUUUCUCUUUUAUCUGGAUAGAAACUUUUAUUUGGUGCUAGUAAGUUAUCUAGGAUCAAUUUUGUUGAACAAAAAUAUAUAGGUGGACAUUAAUUCUCUAUUUUAUGCCCUGAUAUAAAACAAAGGGUGACAUUAUUUAACAAAACUUAUUGACAUUUAUAUCUUUGCUCAGAUUAUUGUAAACAGAGACUAUGAAACUUUUUAGAAAAAGGUCAACAUGAUGCUGCUUCACAAGGUUACUGCUUUGGUAAAAAUAUAUCAUGCAGUCCAUAUUUUUCCAGAAUUUGUAGGUUAUUUUUAAAAAGUACAGGUUAUUUUUUUAUAAAACUUAGUGGCUUAUUUACCAUUCACUUACUGGAACUUGACCUGCUUUAAAUUGAACCGUAGCCUGCAAGGUCCAAAAAGGGUUUCAGAAAAGUCUUCUGUUAGUUCCGGAAAGCAAAUAUAAAAUUCCUGAGAAACUCAUCUGUAUAUUUUAGAAAAUCAACCCAUAAAUUGCCAAAACUUAGAUCCGUGAGGAAAAAUAACCUGUAUUUUUUUAUAGAGUAAUUGAGUUGCAGAUGGUACCUUGUAAACUUCACUGAGGUAAAAUAUAAAAACAUAAAAUUAACAGGAAAAUUCCAGAAACUAAUCUUUGAUAACCAGGAAAUUGUUCUUUAAUUCUUUAAAGACAGGUAGCCUGGAAAUUACAGAAACAUAACUUGGAUAUUAAGGAGAAUUUACCUAGAAAUUUCAGAAAAGUAAUGUAUAAAUGGCAUUAAAGAAGCUUGAAUAAUCUGGAGUACUCUAGAAAUUUUGGGAAAGUAUUUCUGAAAGUCUUCUUCAAAUUUUUAUUAACUUCUUCAAAUUAAAGUCUUCUUCAAAUUUUUAUUCUCCAGACCUUUUCCAAAAGCCCUGGAGAAUAUUAGGCUGUCUUUUGUAUUGCUGCCUUCUAUAUUUCUUUGAUUUUGUUGGUUUCAGCCAUGUAUAAUCUAAAAGCACAACAAUGCCCUGCUCAGUUCUGCCCAAAUUCCUGCUUCUGCUGCUGUGUAUAUAUAUAUAAACAUAUAUAUAUAUGGCUGUUUUUACUUGAUGUUUUUAAUAUUUAAAAUAGCACAUCGAUUAAAAUGAAUAAACUACACUAUAUUCCAGAGAACAUGUUGUAGAUUUUAUUUUCUCUAUAUGGGAACUGUACAAACUUAGCUUUACUAAGGCUGCAGAUGGAAGGAAAUCCUUCCAAUUUAAAGGGUCAUAUAUUUUGUUUUUUCUCUUUGAAAUUGUAACUGGUUUGUUACCAAAUAUGAAUUCCUCAACAAAGAGCCACAGCUGCCUCAUAUGAUGGAGAAAAAUUUGUUUAUGUUUGUCAUCUACGUUUUACUGUGCAUUUUUCAUUUUACAAAAUGACAAGAAAACGUUACAACAAAUCACCUCUAAAAAUCCCAAAGUAAAUAAAAACAAGACAAUAACAAAAUAAAUUCAUGAAUAAAUAUUGAAAAAUAUGUUGGGUAUAUUUGAUAUAUUGCAGCAUAUGGUAUAUUGUAUUGUCUUGAUUAAAUUGAGUACUACAUCUUUAUUUAUGUAUGUUUA